AUAAAAUCGGCAGGCGAUACCGGUCCCUACAGACCAGCGGGCCCGAGGUCCAACCCGAGAUGGAGCCUCAGUCUGCCGCCAGCUGUCGGAGGGGAAGCGUCGUUCUCUCCGUCACUCUCGCCUCGUCUCAUAAACGGGCGCCGUGCGAGUGUGAACUAGUACUUUUUUCUGAACUAUAAUAAAACCGCGGCGAAUGUGGAUUUGUGUGGCAGUCUUCGGUUGUAAGGUAACAAAACAAAUUAGAAAGAGGAAAACAGGAAGAUCUUCACAGAGCUGCAUGAAAACUAUCGUGAACUUAGCGACCGGAAGCAGCGUGGUGGGUACCGCAAGGAGUGAAGCGGACCAUGUUUCAUCACACUCACAGUACACCUCUACGCAUCCUUGCCCAUUGUGCCCCAGAGCCCUGCGUGAGUCCCCCUUGAGUGACCGCGCGUGUGAUCCUUCCACGUGACAGGCGCGCGAGUUGACGCCAGGAAACAGUUGAUGAGGUGAAGUGAUACUAUUAAUUUCAACCGUGCGGACUUGAGCAAGACACCACAGUGAGUACUCAGAAGAACAUUACCUGGUGGAAGGCUCGGUGACGCAGGACAUUUCCCUCCUUCCUCUUCUUCCAAGCAGGAUGGGUCGAGUUCAGGGCUCCUCCUCCCUCUGCUCCUUCGUCACCCUCCUCGCCUCCACGUUGCUGCAUCUUUCAUCGGCUCUGGAAAUGAAGAAAAUUCCAGUCGUGAGUGUGACGGGGUUGCGGGGCGGGGUGGCGGCUCUCCCCUGCGAUGUGUCACGACCACCAGACGACUCUAUCUCUCUCGUCCUAUGGUUCCGCGAUCCCCUCACCACGCCCAUAUACAGACUGGACGAGCGGUGGCUGGGGCGGGGACGGGAGCGCCACUGGGCAGACCCUCAGGAACUUGGGUCGCGCGCCAGUCUAGAGGUCGGGUCGUCUCCCGCCUUGCUUCGUGUAUCGCACCUCCGCCUCGCCGACCAGGGUCUCUACACGUGCCGGGUGGACUUCAAACUGCAGCCCACCAAGACCACACGAGUCAACCUUACUGUCGUGGUGCCUCCGGAGAGCGUGCGUGUGAUGACCGGAGGAGCAGAGGGUGGCGGCCGUGUGGUGACCAGUGUGGUGGGUCCCUAUCAUGAGGGGGACAUGCUGGUUCUCACUUGUGUGGCGCAUGGAGGCAUCCCACGCCCCUCUGUCGUCUGGUUCAAGGACACACACCUCCUGGACAGCCACAUGGAGUCCUACGCGCAGCCGCCGGAUGAACUAGGACCAAUGGGAGCCACGGACGCCACUAACACGACGGUACCAACGAAGCUCAACAUGCCCCUGCCGCCAACACGAACAGACUCCCACGCGACGCCCACCCUCAGCCCAGGCUCCCCGUCAGUAGCGGAGGGGGAGCCGUACAACACCCUCACGCUGGGCCCUCUCACGCGGAACGACCUCAAGUUGCUGCUAACGUGCGAGGCUUCCAACAAUAACCUGACGCUGCCCACCUCGUUAGUCGUGAUGGUGGACAUGAACCUUCCAGCGUUGUCAGUGGAGGUGACGGGGCCUGAGCAGCCGCUGAUGGCCGGCAGGGAGUACCGCGUGGUGUGCGAGGUGAGGGGAUCCCGUCCGCCGCCCACCAUUAUCUGGUACCUCAACAAUACCAGACUGCUCACGGCUACUGAUGCGACUUCAGGGGACGGGAAUAUCACCACCAGCAGCUUAGUCUUCACGCCGCAACCGGAGCAUGAUGACGCAAUGCUGAGGUGCCUGGCAGAGACCCAUGCCGACCUCUCAGCCUUGGAGGACACCGUUAACCUCACCGUUCACUACCUGCCCACCGCCACAGCCAGGUUCGGUUCCUCACUGGACGCCACAAAUAUCAAAGAAGGAGAUGACGUGUACUUCGAGUGUUCCGUCCACGCCAACCCACCUGUUUUGCACGUCACCUGGCGCCACAAUAACGUGGCGCUACAUCACGAAAUAGAGGUGGGUGUUAUCAUAAGCAACAUGAGCCUCGUGCUGCAGGGCGUGAGGAGGGAGCAGGCUGGGCGCUACUCCUGUCACGCCCAUAAUGAAGUGGGGGACGCUGGCUCGCCCCCCCUCCGACUCGACGUGAAGUACGCCCCAGUGUGUGCGCCGGGACAGGUAACUCGUUACGCCGUGAGCCGCAACGAGGACGCGGAGGUGACGUGCUCGGUGCAGGCCAACCCGCUGCAGGCCACCUUCCACUGGACCUUCAACAACACAGCGGACAUGAUUGACGUGCCUCAAGGCAGCUUCACCUCCUCCAGCAGCCACAGCGUCAUCACCUACACGCCCAUCGCCACCCUAGACUAUGGCACGUUGCUCUGCUGGGCCUCCAACAACAUCGGCAGCCAGCAGAAACCUUGUAUCUUCCACAUUGUGCCUGCCGGCAAACCCGAGCCGCCCCAAAACUGCACGGCGGGACAGCGAACUCGCACCUCCGUCAGAGUGCGCUGUACAGCCGGGGACAGCGGUGGUCUGCCACAACACUUCCUCCUUCAGGCCUCGUUGGAGGACGGAGGCACCCCCCACUCCUUCAACCUCACCUCCUCCAGCCCCACCUUCUAUGUGGAGGGGCUGCGGUCUGGGGGUCGCUAUCGCCUUACCGUCUCCGCUCACAACCAGAAAGGCUCCAGCAAACCCGUCCUCCUCACCCUGACGGGGUCACCGCGCUCCUCAGGCUCCUCCUUCCAGGCACGAGACGGCCCAUCAGAGGCAGAGGUUCGUGAUGGCAAGAACGGAGCGGGCGGCAACGGCAGUGGUAGCAGCGAGGGGGUCAUCAGCGGCAAUGGCAGUAACAGCAGCGGACGCAAGAAAUACCUCGGUGUGUUAUCCAUGCCCUCCCUCAUCCCCGCAGCUCUAGGCAUUGGCGCUGGUCUCAUCUUCAUUAUCAUCGUCCUCAUUCUGCUCAUUACUUUCCGCACUCGCCGUCCCGGGCAGAGACGCCACUCCCGCCACGAGGACUCCCCGGGCAAGGAUUCCGACGCCGGGGACACUGCCACCACCACACCCUCCACCGCCCCCGCGCAUCACCACCACCACCACCAACUCCUCGCCGCUGCCGGGCACCACUCACCCACUGCCAUCACCCAUCACACCACAUGCCUCGAAAGGGAGACCCAGGUUGAGUCUGAAAGUGACGCCGAGCCAGACGUUAUCCCGCUACAGGAAGGAUGCCGACCCCCUGACCUGGAGCCCCCGCCCGCCACCCUCUUGCCGCCCAACCGCUACCAGUAUGGACCCGUGCCCGCCCAUAGCCCGCCCACGGCAAGUCCCUGCAGCAGUCGGAGCGCCGCACCAACCUUAAGGGACCCCGCGUGCGCCCUUCACGUAGCCUACGACAUCCCACCGUUGCCCUGCCCCCAGCCGUCCCAGCGCCCCACCACCCUGCCCCGACACCCGCCCAGACCCCCUGCCAAGGCAAGGCCCCCUGUAGUCCCAGCUGGUCCCGCCUUGCCCCUCUGCUCUGAGUUGGAGGAUGGUCUUCCCCCGCCGCCGCUAGAGUACCAGAGCUCCAGAGAGGAGGAGGUUUUAGCAGGACAGAGCCAAGAAGCGCUCACGUCGCCGCAACACGCGAAACGAGAGAGUUCGGUAUGAUAAAGUGCCGCGGCUGUGUGUGUGUGUGUGUGUGUGCGUGUGCGUGCGUGCGUGCGUGCGUGUGUGUGUGUGUGUGUGUGUGUGUGUGUGUAAGGAUGAAUACAAGAAACACGGAAGCUAUCAGAAACAAGCACCACUGUAUGAAAUAUUCAGUACAAACUUUACAACACGUCAGACCACUUCUUUUAUUUUAUUAUUUUUUUUCUGACAAACUCCUACAGAAAUAUCUACACGCAGGUGAACGUGCGCGCUGUACAAGCCACAAGUAUGUAACCGGGAAACACAUAAGCACGUUCGCAUACAGAGAUUGAUCAAGCACAGCAGGAACAGGAAGAGACUUGUUUCAGAGUGAGAGAAAAGGAAGAAAAGACUGUAAGCAAAUCUGACCGGUGAUGUGUUUCUGAGCUACUGACGGGACACCAAGGGACGGGGCCAGAAGAUAGGCACGGAACUGGACUGGAAACAAGGGAAAAAUUAGCAGUAAAGUAAGACCCCCAGUUUGUGUGUGUGUGUGUGUGUGUGUGUGUGUGUGUGUGUGUGUGUGUGUGUGUGUGUGUGUGUGUGUGUGUGUGUGUGUGUGUGUGUGUGUGUGUGUGUGUGUGUGUGUGUGUGUGUGUGUGUGUGUGUGUGUGUGCGUGACGGACAUGACCAAAAUUUUACCUGUGAUAUAACACAAAAUAAAGUAAUUAAAUGUG